UUUAGUUCCCAGCUCGGGGCGCUGCGCUGCAGCUCGGCCUUCGGAGUCCCCCUUGCAGGGGUCCCUUUGCAAAAUGCAGCUCCUGUAGUUGGGAGUAGAGAGACACACAGAGACACAAGUAGUUUACAUUGUUGGGUGAGUUUUGCCACAACUCCCUCUGCCUUGGCCUUAAACACACCGUAACUGGAUUUUCUAUUUUUUUCCAUAUAUAUUAAAAAAAAAAAAUCAGUGCUUCACCGAAGCUCCCCUCUCCCCCCCCCUUUUUUUUCUUUUUUUUUUGCUUUGUUGAUUUCUGUUUUCUCCACGGACCUCUGGCAUGAGUUAACCACCAGAUAUGGACACCAAACAUUUCCUGCCGCUGGAUUUUUCCACCCAGGUCAAUUCCACAUCCCUGAAUUCCCCGACCGGCAGGGGGCCCAUGGCGGCGCCCUCCCUCCAUCCGUCCCUCGGCCCCGGCAUCGGCUCCUCCCUGGGGUCACCCAUCAGCACCCUCAGCUCUCCCAUCAAUGGCAUGGGGCCCCCGUUUUCCGUCAUCAGCUCCCCCAUGGGGCCACACUCGAUGUCGGUCCCCACCACCCCUACCCUCGGAUUUGGCACGGGCAGUCCUCAGCUCAACUCUCCCAUGAACCCCGUGAGUAGCACAGAAGACAUCAAGCCCCCCCUCGGACUCAAUGGAGUUCUUAAAGUGCCCGCACACCCCUCAGGAACCAUGGCCUCUUUCACCAAGCACAUAUGUGCCAUCUGUGGGGACCGAUCAUCAGGUAAACACUAUGGUGUGUACAGCUGUGAGGGCUGCAAAGGUUUUUUCAAACGCACGGUGCGCAAGGAUCUCACGUAUACUUGCCGCGACAACAAGGACUGUCUCAUCGACAAACGCCAGCGGAACCGGUGCCAGUAUUGCCGAUACCAGAAGUGUCUCGCGAUGGGCAUGAAACGAGAAGGUAAGGCAGGAGGGCAGAAGGAGCUGGGGGUUUCGCUCCACCGGGGUCUUGCCCUCCCCCACACGCUGUGGGCCCCGGUGGCCUCAGGGCUUCCUGACUGGAGCCCCAGGAGACUCCAGAAUGCUGUUGAUUCAUCACUGUUUGGCGUCAGUCAAUCCACUCACCUCCAGAGAAUUCCACUGGGGCAUGUUGGAUUCUGCUCCCAGGUCCAGGAGGCCCAUGGAGGAUUGAUGCCAGUCAAUUCUCCAUUAUCCACUUAA